AUGGAGCUGCGACAAGACGUCGUUACCAUCAACCCCACCCACACAGUUACCCUCAGCACGGAAAGCUACGAUCGCCUGACGAAAUAUCUCGGCAUCAAGUCGCUCACGGUCGGCGGCCAAGAGCACGAAGUCACCUCCUACAGGGUUCCGAACUCCGAGACGUGCAAUGACAUUAUCUACAUCAACAGACAGAUGGCUCUGACUGGGUCCCAAACGGAGUCAAUGAGGAUAUGCUCCAAGCAUUUCGUCAAUGGAGAAAAAAGCACCAUUGAAAGUCAUCCUGGCUACAACCCGACGCUUUUUCCGGACGUUUACAAGGUGCGGCACGUUGACGGAACGAAACUGCUAUCAAGAUACGAACGGUGGAGAGAAAGGAGAACCAAAGUAUCACUGGCACCAAGCUCAUGCUCUGAAACUGCUGACAGUGCUGAAGAAGGGGCACAAAGCACACUGCUCAACGAAGACCCAAUUUCUCAGGAGGGCGAGCUCGUCGAGCCACUGCCAUCGAACCUGGAUAUCCUCUGCAUGGCGAUUGAUGCAGUGAAAGAGACAAAAGAGGACAAGGCUUGCCAAACUGAUGGUGUGGACGCAACUGGCACUGGCGCAUUUUCUGUGUUCUUAUGUUGUGUACAGGGGAACGAGGCUUGUAGUCAAGUCAAUCAUAAGUGUUCCAGAGAUGAUGAAACGCAGUGCAGACCCUCCACUGUUUCCCGCCACUGCGGCACAGACUACAGAAUGGGGUGCUUUAACGGCUAUGACACCGUUAACGACAAUGGAACCACCCUCAAAGAUCUAUGUGGCGUUUCAGAUGUAGUGUUUGCUCUUUUUCUCAGCAUAUUACCACAGUGUGCAGAGCGCAGAUGUGACAUCUCAAUGAGAGACAGGCUUCUGAUCUUCUUCAUGAAAUUGAAGUUAGGCAUAAGCUAUUCAGCCCUUGCUGUGCUGUUCUCGACAUCUAGAAACACGGUGUUGCGACACUUCAACAGUGUGCUUCGAACAGUUGCUGCUGCAACUCAUAAGUGGGUUUACUUGCCACCUAGGCAGGUCAUCAAGCGCACAAUGCCAGGUUGCUUCAAAGUGCACUAUCCAGACUGUACAAUGAUAAUUGAUUGCACUGAAGUACGGACAGAGCAGCCCUGCACAAUACAGCAACAGCGCCUGUUGUAUUCACAUUACAAGGGUGGGUACACUUUCAAGUUUCUUGUAGCUAUUACACCAUGUGGAGCAGUGUGCUUCCGCUCGAAGUCCUAUGGAGGGAGGUUCUCAGACGCAUUCAUUACUGUUGACUCUGGCUUUCUAAACCUAGUGCAACCAGGCGACGUUGUAAUGGCUGACAAAGGGUUUCCUGGAAUUAGGGCAGGCCUUGAAGGGACACAAGCAGUGUUAGUGAUGCCCCCUUUCCUUCAAGGUGGUGGACAGUUUUCAGAAAGUGAUGUGCACGAGACGUACAAAAUUGCACAAGUGCGUAUUCAUGUUGAGAGGGCUAUUCAACGCAUUAAAAUGUUCAACAUUUUGAAUAUAUGUGAGGCGAAGGCCGGUUACUCGGAUGUCCCCUUCGGCAUCGCCGCCUACGACGUCGAAUACGACUCCGAUGCCGCGGACUGUCCAACUAUGCAGAUCGGCUUCGGUGCCUUCAGGCGUGUGAAGGCGUUGCAGCGGCUGAACGAGUUUAUCGACAAAGAAUUCAAGGACGCCUCCUACCUGCAAAAAUGCCUGGACGUGCCCUUCUCCUGA